UAAUAACCUAUACUUAGCAUGUUUGUCUCGUGUUUGUAACUCAGGAAGCAUUUGCAAAACAUUUGUGUCUCGUAAACAUAAAAAAAAACAAUACGUAACAAAAGUUUAUUACAGUUACAAUAAGUUUAUUUAAGCGUCGUUAUAUUGAGGUAGAAAACAAUUCAUUUUAAUAACAAAUUUGUUAAUCUCAAACGUAUGUAAAUAUUAAUAAGUUGAAGAGGUUAUGUUGCCGCUUCGUCGUUCUAAUUGACGAAUAACUUAAGAGAUAAACAAUACUAGUGUUCAUCUCAAAUAAGAAAGUUACAAAGUGUUCAAAGCUUUUAAUCAAAAUAUACAAAUAUGCCAACUUGGAAUCAAAUCCAAACACAACUUCGAAAUCCAAAUAAUCCAGUGGUGUUCUUCGACGUAUCUGUAGGCACUACAGAAAUCGGACGAAUGAUUUUUGAACUCUUUGAAGAUGUUUGCCCAAAAACGUCGGAGAAUUUUCGACAAUUCUGUACUGGAGAGUAUAGAAAAGAUGGUGUAUCUUUGGGUUUCAAAGGUGCCAUAUUUCAUAGAGUCAUUAAGGAUUUUAUGAUCCAGGGUGGUGAUUUUGUAAAUGGUGAUGGUACUGGAGUCAUAAGUAUCUAUGGUGGUGGAACAUUCCCUGAUGAAAACUUUACAUUAAAACACGACUCACCUGGAUUGUUAUCCAUGGCUAAUAGCGGCAAAGAUACUAACGGUUGUCAGUUUUUCAUCACGUGCGCCAAAUGUAAUUUCUUGGAUGGUAAACACGUUGUUUUUGGAAGAGUUAUUGAUGGACUCCUAGUUAUGAGAAAGGUAGAGAAUGUUCCCACAGGCCCAAACAAUAAACCAAAAAUUCCUGUGACAAUAUCUCAAUGCGGACAAAUGUAACAAUUAAUUAAUCACAAUUUAUAUUUUUGUAUGUAAAUUAAAUGUAAGGGACGCUAUAAAAAGAUUUGUUACAUUUCCUCAGAA